CCCAAGCCCUGUUUUAUUUUGUCCAGGAAAGUGCGGUGCGUCGAGUCCCCAUUUUUCUCUAAAUCUCCAUUGACGCCGGCUCCGGUGUAGCAUUUGUAGGAAAGCAUGGAAAGCAGUAGGGGUCCUGGUGGAAUUCAACAAUUGCUAGCUGCAGAACAAGAAGCUCAACACAUUGUCAAUGCUGCCAGAAGUGCAAAAAUGGCUAGACUAAAACAAGCCAAAGAAGAGGCUGAAAAGGAGAUUGCUGCUUACCGAGCCCAGGUUGAACUUGAGUUCCAGAAGAAAUUGGCUGAGAGCAGCGGGGACUCAGGUGCUAACGUUAAGCGCCUUGAACAAGAGACACAGGCAAAGAUUCAUCACCUGAAAACAGAGGCUGGGAGAAUAUCACAUGAUGUUGUCCACAUGCUUCUGAAGCAUGUGACAACUGUGAAAAACUGAAAUGAAUGGCUUUGAUGGCUUAAUGUCGGACCGUGAAUUAUUUAUUACACAUGUCUUUUUUUUCCUGAUCCACUUAGAUUUCCUGUGGCUGCGGCUGAUAGGAUCCUUGUCCGUUGUUUACCCUUAGUAUAAGCCAGUAGCUGUUGAAAAUAAAGAAAAACCCAUGUCCAAUGUGUUCUUCAUACAAAGGAUAGUCCAUGAAAUUGAUUUGCUGAUUGGUGCAUUUGGCGGUAGGCAAUUUUACUUUUAUGGCUUGUUAAUUUUCGGGAGCAUGGCCCAGCUAGAUGCUGAUCCUAUCAUUGUAAAGGAAAUGGACUAUUUCCCC